AUGUUUGAGAGAGAAUGGAAGCUGAUAAUGAUUGAUUUCGGUCUAACUGAGAAUAAGUGGCUUGAUGAUAUGUUUGGCAUGAGAUCUUCGUGGAUCCCAGCGUUCUAUCGUCAUGAGCCUAUGUCUGGGCUUAUGCGGACCACUUCUAGAUCAGAGAGCGAAAACCAUUUUUUCUGUCAAGUUGCGAAUUCUCAACUUACCCUUGUUGAGUUCUUUAACCAUUUUGACGGUGCAAUGGACAUUCAAAGAUUCAACCAUCGGAAGAAUGACCAUAUAUCUAGAAAUACAGUCCCAGAUAACUUUUCUGAAUCUACUCUAGAGGAUGAUGCCAUGAAAAUUUACACCAGGUCAAUUUUUGCUGAUCAACAGGCAGAGUUACAAGGAACAUUGUCCGAGUGCCUUCCUAUAGAGACUAAAAUUGAGGAACCUUUUUUGAGGAUAAGUAUGAAGGAUUGGAAAGCUCACGGCGACGGUUUAUUAGAGGUAUGUUUCAAGAAGGGCGAGGAUGUAAUUGCAUUAUGCACGUGUCGCAGGUUUGAACAAUAUGGAUUGUUGUGCAAGCAUAUAUAUUUCGUGUUCAAGAUGUUCAAAGUGAAGGAAAUUCCCAACAAGUAUGUAAUGAGAAGAUGGACUAAAGAUGUGGCACCGAAUGAUCUUAAUAAUACAUUUGAUAUUACUGUUGACGGUGAUGAUGCGCAUAAAAAGGCCAAAGAGGUUGCGUAUGAGAUUAUGCAGACUGGAGAGUAUCUUAUUGGUAAUCUGAUCAAAGAUUUCGAUCAUCUACUUAUAGUUAGGGAUCGGAUGAGAGAGAUGAAAGAAAUGGUUGAUGAACUUCGCAUAACCAAGCCCAUCGACCCUAAGUUUGAUAGAUAUUCACGGUUAAUUGGUUACGAGAAACCAAACACUGACGAGCCACCUACAGUCCGUGUGCCAACUGGUAUUAGAAACAAAGGACGCGGUUCACAUAAGCGCAUUAAAUCAAAAAAAGAGAAAAUUAUUAGUCUAAAAGGCAAGAGAGGUCGGACAUGCAGUCACUGCAAUAUCAAAGGUCAUGACAUUCGAACUUGCAAGGUGUUGAAGGGUGAAGCUACUGCUGCUGCUGAUAAGGUUGCCAAUAAGGAGGGGAGGAAAAGAAGAGCAAUUCAGUUAGAGAAGGAUCCUAAUUUAAUUGAUGAAGAGGACGAGGAGGUUGAAACUGGUGACGAAGAGGAGUUUGAGGAGUCCGACGAAGUAGAAGAUAGUGAUUUUGAAUGCGAAGACGAGUAG